CCGCACAUGGACACGCUCCAGGGCAUGCUCAACCUCAUCUUCCUCCACUCUGGCCGCUUCCUCAAAGAAUCCCAGGCCGGCGGCGGCUCUGGCCGCAUGAAGCUGCAGCUGCAGCGCGUCGUGCCCCAUGCCACGGAGCGCUUCCACGAUGCCCUCGACGAGCUGGAGAACGAGGUGCGCCUGGCCCAGACGGUCCUGCGCCGCGACAUGGCCCUGCUGAAGAACGACCGCAAGAAGAAGGAGGCCGCCGCCAAGCAGCACGAGGUGCACAAGGCGCGCCUGGCCGCAGAGGCGAGGAGCGCGCCGCCGCCAGCACACGACGAGCCGCCCGUCAAGGAGGAAAAGGCGCCCACGCCCACGCCGCCCGCGCCUCCUCCACCAGCACCAGCAGCCGCCGCCCAAGACGCGCCCGCGACAGCCAAUGCCACAGACCCAGAGAUGCUUGUCGCGAAAAAGGAAGGCGGCAUCGGGGCCAGCACCACCACCAACGACGACACCACCGCCAACCCACCCGAGCCAGCCAAACCAGAGACACAGGCAAGCACGGAGCCAGCCAAGGACCCGCUCUUCGACGGCACGCCCACGGCCACCAACCCCCACGAGUCCGAUUUCGACUUCGAUGCCAUGUUCGGCGAUGCCAUGGACACAUCGGCCAACCACAACCCCGACCACGACAUGAUGGAUGCCUCCAACGACAUCGACUUCAAUCUCGACGAUGCCAACGACAGCUCGGCCCUCCUGCGCGGUCUCGAGGACUUUGCCAAGAACAGCGAAACCGACAACGCCCACCAAUCAUCCAACAUGGACAUGGACUUUACCAUGUCCGACCUCCCGGGCCUGGAUACAAGCGCCAAUCUCGAUACCAAUACACACGCAAACGCCGACAGCAAUGCGACAGCAGCCGCCAAACCUGCGCCGGAACCAGAGCCUGCGCCAAAGGCCGACGAGCCCAAGCCCGCCGCACAACCACCACCACCCGAAGAGAAGAAGAACGAACUAGAAAUGACCAACAAUGACGACAUGAUGGGCACCAUGGCUGCAGACGACCUCGAAGACCUGUUCAACAUGGACGAAUACGAGAAUCCAGAGCAGUCUUCCUUUGACGAUGCCUUUUUCAACUUUGAGUAA